AUGGCGUUGGCGUUUGCACAUUUUGGUCCCAAAUCCGGGCUCCUGGUGUACAUGGAUGACUUAAUCUGUUGUUCAUCGACAUGGGAGGGACACCUAAAACUGUCGGAAAACACGUUCCAAGCUUUGCAAGCAGCAAGGCUCACCUUGAAACCAUCCAAUGUACAAUUCGGACCACAAGAGGUGAAAUUCUUGGGACACAUUUUCUCAUCAGAUGGAAUACGUCUUGGUGAGGAUCGGAUAAAGGCGAUACUAGAUAUACCAACCCCAACAAACAUCAAAGAGCUGCGAUCAGUGCUGGGGACAGUCAACUAUGUGCGGAAGUUCAUUCCAAACUUGGCGACAAUCACCGCACCCCUGGUUGACUUCACGGAAAAAGAGGCAAUGAAGUCAGUGGCAAAACGUUGGGGACCGGAGCACAAUAAAGCGUAUGCGGAAGCAAACAAAUUGCUCACCGCAGCUCCUGUGUUAAACUUUCCGGACUUUUCUAAAGAAUUUGUAAUUCAUGUCGAUGCUUCUAAUGUUGGUACAAGAGCAUUCCUAGCCCAACAAGAUGGUGACGACCUGAAGAUCAUAGCAUACUUUGGCCAGCGUUUCAACAAAAGCCAACUGCAUUAUUACUCAGCAACCAUGAAAGAAUGUUACGGUGUCGUUCUAGCAAUUCAGCAUUGGCGCCCUUAUCUGUGGGGCAGACAUUUUACGUGCGUUACUGAUCAUGCCGCGUUGCGUUAUCUCUACACGAUGCAAUACACGUCAAACAUGCUUACACGCUGGGCGAUAGCGCUGCAAUCAUUCGACUUCACGGUAAAACAUAAACCAGGAAAGUUGCAUGUAGUGCCUGACACGUCAUCGCGUCUUUUUGUGUUUGUGUUUGAAUAA